GUAGAGUUAAAAGGGAUAAUAGUGAACAUAAGAAAACAAAAAAAAUUUACUUCCUUGUGUCUUCUUAAAUUAAAACACUUCACAAAGUUGAAACUUUUUUCUCCAAACAAAAAAGUGCAUAAUUAAAAAUCACUGACUAGGUCUUAUUUUGACUGCAAUAGGCAACUAGAACACAAACUUUCAUUAAUAAGUGUGAUCAUCCAUCAUUUUGGUCACUAUAAAUACCUCCCCCUUACGUUCAAUUUUUCAUCAUCCAAAUAUUUCAUAUUCUCUAAGCAAAAAAAUAUUUAGAAGCUUCUCUCCACAAAAAUAUUAGCUACAAAAAAAAAAAAAAAAAAAAACAUGGCCUUUUCUUGGCAAUCAACAAAGAUAGUACAAUUGUUAGUAUUGUUGUCUAUCUUCAUUAACUCCGCAAAUGCAAAUUUCAACAACGAUGUAGACAUCACGUUCGGCGACGGCCGGGCAAAAAUCCUCAACAACGGCGAGCUCCUCACACUCACACUGGAUCACUCCUCCGGCUCCGGUUUCCAAACCAAGAACCAGUAUUUGUUCGGCAAAAUCGACAUGCAGUUGAAACUCGUCGCCGGAAAUUCAGCCGGCACCGUCACGGCAUACUAUUUAUCAUCAACAGGUCCAACUUGGGACGAAAUCGACUUCGAAUUCCUCGGAAAUCUCAGCGGCGAUCCGUACACUCUGCAUACUAACGUGUUCAGUCAGGGGAAAGGCGGCAGGGAGCAGCAAUUCCAUCUCUGGUUCGACCCGACUGCUGAUUUCCACACUUACUCCAUUCUCUGGAACCCACAACGCAUCAUAUUUUCAGUGGAUGGAACACCAAUCAGGGAAUUCAAAAACGCUGAAUCAGUGGGAGUUGCAUUCCCGAAGAAUCAACCAAUGAAAAUGUAUUCUAGCCUCUGGGACGCUGAGGAUUGGGCAACAAGAGGCGGGCUCAUCAAGACAGAUUGGUCUCAAGCUCCCUUCUCUGCUUCUUACAGGAACUUCAAUGCAAAUGCAUGCAUUGUUUCUUCUUCGGGGGCAUCUUCAUGCAGCUCCAAUUCUGCAAAUUCUAGCAAUGAUUCGUGGCUAAAUGAAGCUUUAGACGCCACAAGUGAAGAAAAGAUGAGAUGGGUUCAGAAGAAUUACAUGGUUUACAAUUAUUGCACGGAUUCAAAGCGUUUUCCCCAAGGCUACCCACCUGAAUGUGCAAUCAAUUGAGUAUAGAGAUACGGCAAAAUUUAAUUAAGGCAGAGUUGGUGUGGUUACAGAAGAUGUUGGGAUUUUUUUAUUAUUAUUAUUAUUUUUUUUUUUGUGUAUUUAAGCUACUGUGUGACUGCGUGUUUGAUAUAAUUCUUUGAUUUAUUUUUUGUUUUCAAGUUUGUUAGUAUAUUGAGAAGCAAAAAGGUCUGAAUAAAACUUUGUGUUCAAUUCAUCAUCCUUGUGGGAACUUAUUAUUUGAUAGUUUAUCAUUGUGUUGAAGAUAUUCUCGUGCCUCCAACCAUGGGACGUAAAUUGUAAUAUACUACUCUUCUUUAGCAAAAUACAAGAAGGAGAAUCUUAAUUCUUUUUUUGAAAUAAAAAAAAUGUUUAUUGGUCU